CACGACCAUGAUUCAACGCAAUCAGAGUGCGCAAACCGCUUGGUGGGUUUCCUGCCUAAUGGAAAUGAUAUUUUAAAACAUUCAUGCUAUAACUCUAUUUUGCAGUCAUUGUCUUUUCUGUGGUUUAGUUAGAGAUCAAUUCAAAUAUAGAAAUAUUAAUUUACAAAAGAAAUUAAAAAGGUUUGUUUGGUUCUUUUUUAAAAUGAAUAAUUUCCUCCUCAAAUUAGUUAACCAAUCUAACAGUUUGCCUUAAUAAUACAAACAAUACAAAACAGGAAAGAAGAAAAAGCCGAAAACAGUCUGAAAUUAUUACCAUAAUGUAAGAAGGGUUUUUUACACCCAAAGCAAUAACAUCAAAGAGUUGUGAUUGAUAUAUCGUUAGUGAAGUGUAAAACAUGGUUGGCUGCGAUUAUUGCGUUUUAGCGCACUCCCAUUGGUGCACUUCGAUCUUCGUUAUCUUUCCGACAGAAGAAGUUGUUUCCUUACAGGUCCGCUUUUAACCAAUCAACCACUGUUGAUUUUGAUUGUAGGCAUCCUUACUUUGGAAAUUUCGAUUCCGCUCUCUGUUGAAGUCAUCAAGAUGAAGUCUUACAUGGUAACUUCUUUGACCCUAAGGAUGAACCAAAGAGGGUCGGGAUUAACAAAGAGAUUAAAGUCAAGAUGGCUGAAACAGGAGUUGCCUUCUCUGGAGGUGGUAUUCGGUCAGCGGCCCUAUGCUCUGGUGUUCUGCGCAGGCUCUUACAGCGUAACGCCAAGAUCGACUACCUCAGCUGCGUGUCAGGGGGAGGUUACACGGGCACGGCCUACUUGGACUGGAAAUACAGACAUGGAAAGAAAGAUGAUCCUAAAUGGCAUACAGAGUUCUUUGAUUACAUGAGAGAGAGGGCGGGAUUGAUGUGCAACUGGCAGAAAACACUCGGCGGGAUAUUUGACACCAUUGUGCUGCUUUUGCUAAUGCUGUUUGUUUCCGUUAUAAUGCCCACAAUUGUGUGGGGAUCGUACGUUUGCCCUCUGGCUUACGUCAUCGAUUUCAUAUUUGGAGAUCUGUUGCGAGCCGAAGACGAAGUAGAGGAAGAUUGUGAAGACCCCGUACCAGGCCCAAGGAGACCUAGGCCAACUGCAGGAGGAAAUGCCACAGCUGGCGAACGAAGGCAACGGUGUCGUAUACGGGCUGGGUCUAAAGCCUAUGCAAGAAUAGUUCUGUUUUCUGUCCUAGCAAUCCUUUUCCUUGUUCUCUAUUUGGCGGCUAAAAAAUCAAAAACUGCUUUGGCAUCAAAGCUUUACAUUAUCUCUGUCAUAAGCGGUCUCUUACUCGCCUUCACAUUCAUUCCAUACUUUAUCUAUUACUUCUUUAACUUGACUCCGUAUUGGAUGCAACUCAUAAUCUUUGUGUUUUCUAUUUUUGUGUGGUUUUUCUUCCCGGUUCUGAGGCGCAGAUCGUCCUUUGUUCUAGUGAUUUAUCUGUACGCUUACUUCGUGUAUUGGAAGGUGUUUGAAGCCACCUUAUUUGGUGUGGAGUACUCUGAUUAUCUUUUCUAUGCACUCCUCUUUACUUCUGGCAUCACUUUGUAUUUUGUCCCAGGGUUAGGAGCAAUUCAACAGCGUCUCGUUCAUGUAUUCAACAGAUGGAGGCUGCAGAAAGCUUUCUACACGGGAGCCAGCGUGGGUUCAACGGGAUGUGGAGGAAUUGGUAUGGAAGACUUUUUCUUAAGAACAUUUUGCAUCAGGCCGAGCAAGCACGAACAACUCGCUGAUAAUGAGCAAGGACCUUUGACCCUUGGGGACCUGGAUGGAGUCAAACCGCAGUACUUGUCUAACAUUGUGGUUAACGAAUGGCUUCUCGGUGAGACAGAGGAAGAGUUGAGAUACGAACUUCUUGUGUUCUCACCAACAGAGAUAGAACGCUUGGAUCGACGACCAGGACAAGAUCAGUUUGAAGGAAAACUUGAACCGAAAGACAUUAAGCUGUCGACUGCCAUGGCAACAUCAGCUGCUGCAGUCGCUCGACAUAUGGGUGCUUAUGAAAAGUCAACUGAGAGCAUAAAGCAGUUGCAAAUUGUGUUGGGUCUUGGUAUGGGUGCAUCCAUGAUAUCAGACUUGGAAGGUGUAAAGAAAGAAAACUGUUGUUGGAAGAUGCUACCUUUUCUUAUCGAACUUCUGCGUGGUCUCCCCUUGGUAACCUUUCCGUUGGUAUACUUUGCUGGGGGAAGUGAGAAUUGGGUCGCCAUUGGCGUUUUAAUUUUCUUCAUCGUGCUUCUGGUAAUGGUAAUUCUCGCUGUGAUGAACACUGGAAGUAAAACUCCAACAAAACUUGAAUUGGUAGUGAGAUGGUUCAUCACCAAUAUCGCGUUCGUUCGCUUUAUUCGCGAAUUGUUGGCUGUCACCAAUGAAGGCCCCAUGCCGCCUCCCAUCUUGCGCCUUAGUGAUGGCGGCCACAUAGAAAAUCUUGCUGUUCUUCCUCUCCUGAAGAAACGCUUGCCCAAGAUUGUUGUUGUGGAUGGUGGCCUCAAGACUAAAGACAUAGAAUGGGGGGAAAGCUUACUAGAUGCCUUGGAGUUGGCUCGUAAGAAGCUGCACUGUUCCUUUAAUGGCAUGGAUGGCCGUGACGUCAUCGAAGACCUUAAGGAGAAGUUUAUUUAUACACCAAAGGGUCACCAGCCGAGAAGCUACAGGUUUAAGGUUACCUACUAUGAAAAAGAAGACGAAUACUCAAAGGGGACCAAAGUUGGCGAGGGUGAGAUUCUCCUCAUCUCGCCAAGACACCCUACUAAAGGUAUUCAGAAAGAAGAACCAUUGUCAUGGAAAGACGCUUUGCGUGACAUAGAUGUAGAUCUCGAAGCUGCCAAAUGGGGAGAGAGUCCUCAGCAAGAUACCGAUGAAGUCGACGAUUUAACCUUUUGCUGCUGUGAGAGCUGUCAUAGUUUCAAGUACCAAAAGUUGUCGAAUUGCCUGUGUGGUGUCUUCCCGCAACACAUCACAGCCAAUCAGUUCUUUACUCCGCGUAUGUUCGCGGCGUACCAUCGAGAAGGAUACAACGCAUGCGUAGAGGCUGAAGCUGCUGAAUUCCUGGCUGCUGACAUCGAGAUUGAGGUGACAGAUACAGCUUAACUUCACAUGGGAAUCUGAAAAAACUGGCUGUCUCUUAAGAAGUAGUUAACAGCUAAGAUUUAUAGCAUUGUAAGGGAGGAUAGUGUGAUAGGAAAGUGUGAAAGAUUGACUUGGUAAUUGUUUAAGAACGAGAUAUCAUCUCUAAACACUUAAUGUUUCUUCAAGCAAGACUGAAGUGAGGUACUUUAAUAUCUUAGACAAGUUAAAAACCAUAAAACUAUGUUCUCUUGGGUAACCUAAUAGAACUGCUGAUCACAAGAAAGUUUGAUCGUUGUUUUUCAUUAGCAUAAGUGCGUUCCAAACGCAACCACCCGAUCAGGAUUCUCAAGGUCAGAGAAUUGCCUUAGACGUCGGUUCCAUGGCAAGCUUUCCAUUUCAGUUGUGUUAUGUGUAAUUAGACAAUACCAAGUGGAUGGACUGUAAGCAUUAAAUGUAUCAUUCAUUAUCGCAAGGUAAGACCUUUGCCACAGCCAACAUUGACGGUAAAACCCUAUGAUGUGUGGAGGAGAUUUUAGAGGUCCUAAGUCUCACUUCCUGAAAGUAGCAUAUAUUAUAUCUUGAAAUCGAUCCUUGGUGUCAGGGCUCGACACUAACGGUAGCCAACUAGCCACAGACUGGUAGAAAUUCAGUUUUGGCUAGUGGUUUUCGAUU